UCCUCUUCAACAUCCAGCGCUCCAAGAGCAGUUUACCACCCUAAGAACAACGUAGUGAAUAUGCCAAGACGAUCAGCUAAGUAUAAAGCGACAGCACGAGCCAGAGAGCUCUAUCGAAUGGCGACUAUCCUCAAUCAUAAGCAGCUCAAGGCCAGUCUGUCCAUUCCGUAUCAUGCUCUCAGGACAUCUCGUUACCUCAAUCGUCCGAAGAAGUAUGGUCAGCUUCGUAGUAGGGAUGCUGUUGCCAGAAUUACAAGCAUUCAUGAGAUACCAGAUGAGGAUUUCCGCCGCAAACUGCGCGUCAACCAUACGGAAUUUCGAAAGCUUCUCUGCCUUAUCAAGGACCAUCCAGUUUUCGUCUCUCAUGGUCCAAGAAAGCAGGCGAACCCCCUUUUACAGCUUACAGUUGCGCUCUAUCGACUGGGACAUUGCGGAUGUGCUGCGAGCACUUUUGAGAUAGGAGAGCAGUUUGGGGUGUCAGAGGGCACGUCGGCCAUAUGGACGACUCGGGUAAUCAAGGCCAUCCUGUCAUUGGAGCGAAACAACGUAUACUGGCCAGAUGAAAAUGAGAGGAAGGCUAUAGACAGGCACUUUGAAGAGGAGGAGGACAUUCCUGAUGGAUGUGUGGGGAUUAUCGACGGCUUCCAUGUUCCCUUCGCUUACAAGCCUGCUCGCCAUGAUGCUGUCGAUUUCUUUUCAUACAAAGGGCGCUACGGCUUCAAUAUCCUAGGAAUUUGCGACCAUUUGAAGAGGAUUCGGUACUUCCAGUACGGUUAUCCUGCUUCUGCUCAUGAUGCUCGUAUCUUCAAGAACUGUUCUCUCUUUGAAGAGGCUAAUGCCGACGCUCAGAGUAACAGAGAAGCCAUGUUGCAAGGCCGAGCUGUUCAUUCAGAAAUGAUCAGUCAAGGUGAAUAUCUUUUGGCAGAUUCGGCAUUUCCUGCUGGGGAUUGGUGUGUACCGCUUUUCAAGCGUCGGAGAGGUCAGAACGACCUUGAUCGGCCAGAAGCCAAGUUCAAUAAGAAGUGUUCGAGUGCCCGAGUCAAGAUUGAGCAUGCCUACGGAAUCCUCAAAAACCGCUGGCAGAGUCUUAGGAGCCUUCGCGUGAAGAUUCGCAAUGUCAGAGAUGAAGGCGUUGCGACAUGCUGGAUCCGGGCCUGUGUGGUAUUGCACAAUCUGCUCAUUGACACAGGUGAUUGGUACAAUCGACUGGAUGGUGACGCUGAUGAACCUGAUGAUUACAUCGACAUCGAAAGGAUGCAAGAAAGGAUGGAGAGGGUGUUAGAGCGGCACAGGGAAGAAGAGGAGGAUGAGGCACGUGAUGCAAGAGAUGCUUCGAAUCUCACGCGAAAGAGGGUGAUGGAGCGAAUGCAGGAAAUAGAGCGCAGGGAUCUUCUAUGAUCAUAUCUGCAGGGGAGAGGAAGAGACGACUGAGAAUGCAUAUCAUAA